AUACAAGUUUAUCAUUCACCUCAGUUUAUCAUUUAUGCUACAAAGUGCUCCACUUCCCAAUACUUAUAACAAUAUGUUCCCAAUGCAAAUCUUCCUCUACCAGUAGAUUUGUCAUAAUACAGUUCAUCGUCUAUACUACAAAGUGUAUCAAUUAUAAACUCCUAAUACUAUGGCUUUACAACUAUCAUAUCUUCUCUCCUUGUUGCUUCUUGUUCUAUUGCUGCCAUAUUCCACCACUGCCCAAACUUCCAGCAACCAAUCUCUAGGCUCAUCCCUUACUGCACAAGAAAAAGGCUCUUACUGGGCAUCACCUUUUGGUGACUUUGCUUUUGGUUUCCAACAAAUUGGAAAUGGAGGCUAUCUACUAGCCAUAUGGUUCAACAAAAUACUUGAAAAAACCAUUGUCUGGUCAGCCAAUGGAGAUAAUCUGGUGCCAACAGGAUCCAAAGUUAAACUUACCGAAGGUGGCCAAUUGGUACUCAGUGACCCAACAGGCACAGGAAUAUGGAAAUCUGAGUUAGGUGGUUUAGGAGUUGUCCAUGCAGCCAUGCUUGACACCGGAAACUUUGUGCUGGCAAACCAGGAUGGUGGCUAUUUGUGGCAGAGUUUUGAUCAUCCGACAGAUACAAUGUUACCUACACAAACAAUGAGUAUGGGAAGCAAGCUUGUAGCUCAUUACUCAGAAAGGAAUAACUCUAAUGGAAGGUUCCAGUUUGCACUACAAAUAGAUGGAAAUCUUGUGCUUCAAACAUUAGAAUACCCUACAGAUUGGUCUAACACUGCUUAUUGGUUAAGUGGAACUAUAGGUAGUGGCUUUCGGGUGGUCUUCAGUGAGUCUGGUUCUAUAUAUCUCACAGCUAGAAACGGAAGCUUACUUACGGUGAUAUCAUCUAAUCCUAGUUCUACGCAGGACUUCUAUCAAAGAGCAAUUAUGGAGUAUGAUGGAGUUUUUACACAAUAUGUCUACCCAAAAAAGAGCACUAACAGUACAAAUGCUGGAAGGCGGCGUAUGGCCUGGUCCUCUGUGUCCUAUAUACCUGAUAAUAUAUGCCAUCUUCUGGAAGACAUAGGCAGUGGAGCUUGUGGGUUCAACAGCUAUUGCAUCCUAGAAGAUGAUGGAAAACCAAAUUGCAGAUGCCCACCUGGAUACACCUUCAUUAAUCCAGAUGAUAUUAGGAAAGGUUGCAAACAGAACUUUCUUCCACAGAGUUGUGAUGAAGCACCUUCAGAAACAGAUCAGUUUGAUUUAAGUGAAAUGGAAAGUAUAAAUUGGCCCCAAUCCGGAUCCGAUUAUGCAAGAUAUGGAGGAGACAACAUAACUGAAGAUUGGUGUAGAAAAGCUUGCCUGGACGAUUGUUUCUGUGCAGCAGCCGUUUUUGAAGAUAGAAAGUGCUUGAAAAAGAAAAUUCCUCUCUCAAAUGGGAGACUGGACCCCAACAACAAUGCUGCAAGCAAAGUUCUAAUCAAAACAAGGAAAGAUAAUUCUACUUUUAAGCCUCCAGGUGCAGAUUUGAAGAAGAAAAAUCAUUCAACUGUGAUACUUAUUGUGUCGGUGCUCCUUAGCAGCUCAAUGUUUCUGAACUUACUCUUCAUGUUGGCUGCCUUUCUGCUUGUUUUUCGUCUCAAAUAUUGGAAACCAAAGGCCCUCAAAACAUGCCCAUUCAUGUCAGGUGUGAAUUUGCAAAGUUACACUUAUGAGGAACUAACAAAAGCCACAAAUGGGUUCAAGGAAGAGCUAGGGAGGGGUGCCUUUGCAAAAGUUUAUAAAGGGGUUCUAGAAUAUGAGGACAGAAAACUAGUUGCGGUUAAAAGGUUGAAUAAUAUGGAGAGAGAAGGCGAUAUGGAGUUCAAAGCUGAAGUGAGUGCUAUUGGAAGAACAAACCACAGAAAUUUGGUCCAACUACUAGGAUUCUGCAAUGAGGGGGAGCAUCGGCUUCUAGUAUAUGAAUUCAUGAGUAAUGGUUCUCUAGCAAGCUUUCUAUUUGGGGGUUCGCGGCCAUAUUGGUACCAAAGAAUUCAAAUUGCAUUAGAAACGGCAAGAGGGCUCUUUUACUUGCAUGAAGAAUGCAGCACCCAAAUCAUACAUUGUGAUAUCAAGCCACAGAACAUCCUCCUGGAUGACUCUUUUUCAGCUAGAAUUUCUGACUUUGGAUUAGCUAAGCUUUUGAAAACAGAUCAGACUCGUACUACUACUGGAAUCAGGGGAACUAAAGGGUAUGUUGCACCCGAAUGGUUUAGAAACAUGCCUAUUACAAUCAAGGUGGAUGUUUACAGCUUUGGCAUUUUGUUGCUAGAGCUCAUCUGCUGUAGGAAAAGUUUUGAAUCAGAGGCAGAGAAUGAGGAUCAGAUGAUACUAGCUGACUGGGCAUAUGAUUGCUAUAAAGACAAGAAACUUGAUCUGUUAGUGGAGAAUGAUGAGGAGGCAACAAAUGACAUGAAGAGAGUGGAGAGAUAUGUGAUGAUUGCAAUAUGGUGCAUUCAGGAGGAUCCAUCACUAAGGCCAACAAUGAAGAAAGUGGUACAAAUGAUGGAAGGAUCAAUUGAGGUCUCAGUUCCUCCAGGUUCAUCCUCAUUUAUUAGUUCAAUGUAAAUCCUCUUAUAUAAUUACCAUUCUGGUUGUUUAAGUCAUUUUGCAUGUUUAAUUGUCAAUACUAUCAGCUUGGCAAGUCAAGUAAUUUCCAGGAAAUGGGUACUCUACUAUGAAUAAUAACUAUCCACAUGU